AUGGAUCCCUCUUUGACGCGCGACGUGCCAACUUCGGCCUCUAAUUCUACCAAAAUACCUUCUUCUACAGCUUCCAAACAAUCACCACGACCAGGAAUCGGCCGCAUCCUAUCAUUACCUCCUCAGUGGCUCUCCAUGUACGAUGAAUUUAUUACCAAGAACGCCGGCCAAGUGUCGCAGAUAGAGAGCGCUCUUCGGAGUUUGACAUAUAUCAUUCCAGGCCGAUUUCGUGAUGCCGAAAUCGCCUCCGAGUCGAUCCACUCGGGUGUUCAGCUGCUAUCUCUUUACCAUGACUCCCUACUUCAAAAGGCCAUUGCGCGUCUGCCGAUGGCAAGCAUGCCGUCGGCGCAUGCACGAUAUACCCGAUAUUGGACUCAGAGAAGUGGCGCAUAUCGAAGAAUAGCCAUGUUUCUGCAGAUGAUUAUUUAUACGGAGAUGUUAUGGGAGAUGACGGCCAAACGAAAGGGUGGCGAGAAGUCCCGGUGGAAGGUCGUCGUGCUCCUAGAAGCCCUCAAGGCAUUCUGUCGGCUUUUGCUCUUACGUAUUACUCGGUCACGACCGCUCGUCACGCCAGUAUUGCCGGAACGAGAGCCUAUUCCAGAGGAUGCCGCAGCUGCAGACGAAGAUGAAGAAAUUGCGUACCGAAGUGAGAGCGAGUUAAUGGAUGAAAUAUCAGCGGAUGGGUCAGGAUCUUCACAGUCCUCGAAACGUGCACACGAGCGCGAGUGGACUAUGCCCCGAACUGGAAUGAGCCUACCAUCACUGCCUACUGGAGGUGAUAUCAGUUCGUACUUGCUCGGUCGUGUAUUGACUGCCGAUGACAUCAAGCCUGCGACUAAGCUGCUUAACCAGCUCCAGGGCAGCAGCCAUGGAGCCGAAAUCCUGCAGAUCCUGUCGCCGCUCAUCUACGCGGCGGCCAUGGCUCAUAACCACAGGAGGGGAGGAGAUAAGAAAGCUUGGACCCCCUGGCUGAUCGGAUUUGCAGUCGAGUACGCGGCGCGGCAGUUGAGGGACCGCGGUCUACGGACGACGUCCCUGGAGCGCGAGGAAUGGAGCAAGCGUGGAUGGGCCAUGGGUUGGUGGGCUAUGAGGGGCGCUGCCUACGAGAACAUCACCAAGGGCGUCGUGGGAGGAGUGAGCAAGAGAAUGCCCUCCUUUAUUGGGGGUAUCCUUGAAGACUACGAAUACUUGUGGGAGAAUUACUACUUCAGCACCAGUGCAUAA